UACUGUGGACAGCAGCAAAGAACAACCACCUUUCUACAGUAGACAUGCUCAUCUGCAAAGGUGCAGAUGUCAACAUUGCAGACAAGAAUGGCAGGACUCCACUGUUGGCAGUAAUGCAUCAGGGAACACAUUUAUUUCAGUCACCAUUACAGAGGAGAAAUAUGGACAACCACCCUACAGUAGAGAUGCUCCUCAGUAAGGGUGCAGAUGUCAACAUGGCAGACAAGAAUGGUCAAACUCCACUGCUGAUAGCAACACAGAAGUGCCAUCUCCCUACAGUAGAGAUGCUCCUCAAUAAGGGUGCAGAUGUCAACAUGGCAGACAGGGAUGGCAGGACUCCAUUGUGGAUAGCAGCAAAGAACGGCCACCUCCCUACAGUAGAGAUACUCCUCAGUAAGGGUGCAGAUGUCAACAAGGCAGACAAGGAUGGCAGGACUUCACUGUGGAUAGCAGCACAGGAGGGUCACCAAGAAACAGUAGAGAUGCUCCUUGUUAAGGGUGCAAAUGUCAACAUGGCUGACAAAUAUGGUCAAACUCCACUUUGGUUAGCAGCAAAAAACAGUCACCUCCCUACAGUAGAGAUACUCCUCCGCAAGGGUGCAGAUGUCAACAUGCCAGAUUUGGAUGUACAAACUCUGCUGUGGACAGCAGCACAGCAGAGUCUUUCGCACACAGUUGAAGUGCUCAUCACCAAGGGUGCAGAUGUCAAUAUGGCAGACAAGGAUGGCAGGACCCCACUGUGUAUAGCAGCACAUCAGGGCCACCCCCCUACAGUAGAAAUACUCCUCAACAAGGGUGCAGAUGUCAACAUGGCAGACAAGGAUGGCAGGACUCCACUGUUUGCAGCAACACAGAAGAGAACACAUCCAUUUUUGUCACUUGACAACCUCCCUACAAUAGAGAUGCUCCUCAGUAAGGGUGCAGAUGUCAACAUGGCAGACAGGGAUGGCAGGACUCCACUGUUGGCAGCAAUAGAGCAGAGAAAAGAUUCAUUUUCAUUUUCAGGGAGAAAAAUGGACAACCUCCCUAUAGUAGAGUUGCUCCUCAGCAAGGGUGCAAAUGUCAACAUGGCAGACAGGGAUGGCAGGACUCCAUUGUGGAUAGCAGCAAAGAACGGCCACCUCCCUACAGUAGAGAUGCUCCUCAGUAAGGGUGCAGAUGUCAACAAGGCAGGCAAGGAUGGCAGGACUUCACUGUGGAUAGCAGCACAGGAGGGUCACCAAGAAACAGUAGAGAUGCUCCUUGUUAAGGGUGCAAAUGUCAACAUGGCUGACAAAUAUGGUCAAACUCCACUUUGGUUAGCAGCAAAUAACAGUCACCUCCCUACAGUAGAGAUACUCCUCCGCAAGGGCGCAGAUGUCAAUAUGCCAGAUUUGGAUGUACAAACUCUGCUGUGGACAGCAGCACAGCAGAGUCUUCCGCACACAGUUGAGGUGCUCAUCACCAAGGGUGCAGAUGUCAAUAUGGCAGACAAGGAUGGCAGGACCCCACUGUGUAUAGCAGCACAUCAGGGCCACCCCCCUACAGUAGAAAUACUCCUCAACAAGGGUGCAGAUGUCAACAUGGCAGACAAGGAUGGCAGGACUCCACUGUUUGCAGCAACACAGAAGAGAACACAUUCAUUUUUGUCACUUGACAACCUCCCUACAAUAGAGAUGCUCCUCAGUAAGGGUGCAGAUGUCAACAUGACAGACAAGGAUGGCAGGGCUCCUCUGUGGAUAGCAGUACAGCAGUGCCACCUCCCUACAGUAGAGAUGCUCCUCAGUAAGGGUGCAGAUGUCAACAUGGCAGACAAGAAUGGCAGGACUCCACUGUGGAUAGCAGCACAUCAGGGCCACCCCCCUACAGUAGAAAUACUCCUCAACAAGGGUGCAGAUGUCUACAUGGCAGACAAGGAUGGCAGGACGCCGCUGUUUGCAGCAACACAGCAGAAAACACAUCCAUUUUUGUCACUUGAAAACGCCCCUACAAUGGAGAUGCUCCUCCGUACGGGUGCAGAUGUCAACAUGACAGACAAGGAAGGUAGGAUACCACUGUGGAUGGCACCACAGAAAGACCGCCUCCCUACAGUAGAGAUGCUUCUCAGCAAGGGCGCAGAUGUCAACAUGACAGACAAGGAAGGCAGGGUACCACUGUGGAUAGCAGCACAGCAGGGUCACCUCCCUACAGUAGAGAUGCUCCUCAGUAAGGGUGCAGAUGUCAACAUGGCAGACAAGGACAGAAGGACUCCACUGUGGAUAGCAUCACAGAACAGCCACCUCCCUACAAUUGAGACCCUCAUCAGUAAGGGUGCAGAUGUCAACAUGGCAGACAAUGAUGGCAGGACUCCACUGUGGAUAGCAGCACAAAAGGACCACCUCCCUACAGUAGAGAUGCUCCUCAGUAAGGGUGCAGAUGUUAACAUGGCAGACAAAUAUGCUCAAACUCCACUUUGGUCAGCAGCACAGCAGGGCCACCACUUUACAAUAGAGAAGUUCCCCAGGAAGGGAGCUGAUGUCAACAUGCCAGACAAGGAAGGCAGGACUCCACUGUGUAUAGCAGCACAGCUGGGCCACCUCCCUACAGUAGAGAUGCUCCACAGUAAGGGUGCAGAUGUCAACAUGACAGACAAGGACGGCAGGACUCCACUGUGGAUAGCAGUACAACAGCGCCAACUCCCUACAGUAGAGAAGCUCCUCAGUAAGGGUGCAGAUGUCAACAUGGCAGACAAGGAUGGCAGGACUCCACUGUGGACAGCAGUACAGCAGGGCCACAUCCCUACAGUAGAGAUGCUCCUCAGUAAGGGUGCAGAUGUCAACAUGGCAGACAAGGAUGGCAGGACUCCACUGUCGAUAGCAGCACAGGAGGACCACAUCAGUACAGUAGAGAUGCUCCUCAGUAAGGGUGCAGAUGUGAACAUGGCAGACAAGGAUGGCAGGACGCCUCUGUGGAUGGCAGCACAGCAGGACCACCUUUCUACAGUAGAGAUGCUCCUCAGUAAGGGUGCAGAUGUCAACAUGGCAGACAAGAAUGGCAGGACUCCACUGUGGAUAGCAGCACAGCGGGGCCACCUCUCUACAGUAGAGAUGCUCCAUGGUAAUGGUGCAGAUGUCAAGAUAGCAGACAAAUAUGGUCAAACUCCACUUUGGUCAGCAGCAGAGCAGGGUCACCUCUCCACAGUAGAGAUGCUCCUCAGCAAGGGUGCAAAUGUCAACAUGGCAGACAAGGAUUGUAGAACUCCACUGUUAGUUGCUUUACAGCGGGAACACCUCUCUACAGUAGAGAUGCUGCUCAGUAAUGGUGCAGAUGUCAACAUGGCAGACAAGGAUGGCAGGACUCCACUGUGGAUAGCAACACAGAAAUGUCACCUCUCUCCAAAAGACAUCUUCUUCCGUAUGCAUGCAGGCAUCGACAUGGCAUACAGGCAUGGCAGGACUCCAAUGGAGAUAGCAGCACAGAAAUGUCACCUCUCUCCAGAAGAGAUCUUCUUCCUUAUGGAUGCAGAUGUCAACAUGGCAGACAAGCAAGGCAGGACUCCACUGGAGAUAGCACAGAAGGACCACCUCCGUACAGUAGAGAUGCUCCUCAGCAAGGGAGCAUAUGUCAACAUGGCAGACAAGGGCGGCAGGACUCCUCUGUGGAUAGCAGCACAGCAGGGUCACCUCCCUACAGUAGAGAUGCUCCUCAGUAAGGGUGCAGAUGUCAACAUGGCAGACAAGGACAGAAGGACUCCACUGUGGAUAGCAGCACAGCAGGGUCACCUCCCUACAGUAGAGAUGCUCCUCAGUAAGGGUGCAGAUGUCAACAUGGCAGACAAGGACAGAAGGACUCCACUGUGGAUAGCAGCACAGCAGGGUCACCUCCCUACAGUAGAGAUGCUCCUCAGUAAGGGUGCAGAUGUCAACAUGGCAGACAAGGACAGAAGGACUCCACUGUGGAUAGCUGCACAGAGCAGCCACCUCUCUACAAUGGAGACCCUCAUCAGUAAGGGUGCAGAUAUCAACAUGGCAGACAAGGAUGGCAGGACUCCACUGUGGAUAGCAGCACAAAAGGACCACCUCCCUACAGUAGAGAUGCUCCUCAGUAAGGGUGCAGAUGUUAACAUGGCUGACAAAUAUGCUCAAACUCCACUUUGGUCAGCAGCACAGCAGGGCCACCACUUUACAAUAGAGAAGCUCCUCAGGAAGGGUGCAGAUGUCAACAUGCCAGACAAGGAAGGCAGGACUCCACUGUGUAUAGCAGCACAGCUGGGCCACCUCCCUACAGUAGAGAUGCUCCUCAGUAAGGGUGCAGAUGUCAACAUGGCAGACAAGUAUGGCAGGACUCCACUGUGGACAGCAGUGCAGGAGGGCCACCUGCCUACAGUAGAGAUGCUCCUCAGUAAGGGUGCAGAUGUCAACAUGGCAGACAACAAUGGUGAAACUCCACUGUGGAUAGCAGCACAGCAGUGCCACCUCCCUACAGUAGAGAAGCUCCUCAGGAAGGGUGCAGAUGUCAACAUGCCAGACAAGGAAGGCAGCACUCCACUGUGUAUAGCAGCACAGCUGGGCCACCUCCCUACAGUAGAGAUGCUCCUCAGUAAGGGUGCAGAUGUCAACAUGGCAGACAAGGAUGGCAGGACUCCACUGUUGAUAGCAGCACAGGAGGGCCACCUCCCCACAGUAGAGAUGCUCCUCAGUAAGGGUGCAGAUGUCAACAUAGCACACAAGGAUGGCAGGACUCCACUGUUAGUAGCACUACACCAGGACCACCUACCCACGAUAGAGAUGCUCCUCAAUAAAGGUGCAGAUGUCAACAUGGCAGACAAGGAAGGCAGGACCCCACUGUUGGCAGUGAUGCAUCAGGGAACACAUUCAUUUUGGAGAAAAAUGGACAACCAUCCUACAGUAGAGAUGCUCCUCAGUAAAGGUGCAGAUGUUAACAUGGCAGACAAGGACAGCAGGACUCCACUGUGGAUAGCAGCACAGGCGGGCCACCUCCCUACAGUAGAGAUGCUCGUCAGCAAAGGUGCAGGCAUCAACAUGGCAGACAAGGAUGGUAAGACUCCACUGUGGAUAGCAGCACAGAGCAGCCACCUCCCUACAAUGGAGACCCUCAUCAGUAAGGGUGCAGAUGUCAACAUGGCAGACAAGGAUGGCAGGACUCCACUGUGGAUAGCAACACAGAACAGCCACCUUACAACAAUAGUAGAGAUUCUGGUCACUAAAGGUGCUGAUGUCAAUGUGACAGACAAGGAUGGUAGGACACCACUGUGGACAGCAGCUCAGCAGGGUCUGCUUUCAAGAGUAGAGAUGCUCCUAAGAAAGGGUGCAGAUGUCAACAUGGCAGACAAGGAUGGCAGGACUCCACUGUGGAUAGCAGCACAGCAUGGCCUCAUCAGUACAGUUAAGAUGUUGCUCAGAAAUGGUGCAGAUGCCAACAUGGCAGACAAGGAUGGCACAAGUCCAGCGGAUGCAGCAAAAACCAAAGGUCACUCUACUGUUGAAGAGAUACUCAUCAAGCCCAUCAAUAAAUAACACUUUGUUCAUCUAUUUUCGACCAUGUAAAUGUGGUAUUGAAUGUAUCAUCU